GCAUAUUCUACAGUGUCCCAAAAAUGAGUUUCCACGUGAGGUUGGUUGGAUUGGUGGUGGUGCUACUCCUGGGCAUCCAACAGCAGCAAGAGUAUCGGGUUCAGGCGUAUCAGGAUGCCUUCACGUCGACGGAACUGAGCUACUUUUUCGGACGGAAACCCGACGCCGAUUUUAUUUGCUUCGAAAAACAACUGGUCAAGGGAACGACACUGCCGACGACGGUCACUACCACUCAGGCUACAAACAUCGAAUACAUAACGGUGCAAGCAGAUAAAUAUUAUAAGGAAGGAUUCCGAGCCACGGUAACCCCAGCACUUCCGGUAAUGACAACCAACGUUCGCAUAGAUGGUAAACCAGUGUUGCCGUACAACAUUCUUGUUCAGUUUUGGUGUGCGCCAUAAAAAGAUUAGUGCUUAGAAGGUGUAGUUUAUUCUAAUGUUGUAUAAUUUUUAUUUAUUUCAAUAAACAACAAUGUAAAAUUAAGAUA